AUGCAGCGCAAUCGCGAUAACUUCACGUCGCCUUUGAAGCGCUCUAGUACUACACCCAAUUUUCGAUCGAAAGCGAACCAGAUCUUGGACGAGGAGGACGCGGACGAGGAGGAUGAAGAAACGCUGCAGCUUCAGCUUGCCGAGAUCAAAGCCCGCCUGAGAUUGAAGAAGCUUCAACAAAAGAAUCGCGGCAGAUCCAGUUCCAACCUUGAAGAAGAAGACGCCCGCCCAAGCUCUGCUAUCAGCGCUUCGCGAGCUGAGUCUCAUGCCCUGACACCGAGAAGUGCCAAACCUGCCGCUGGAAGAACGACGAGCGAUGAUAUUCAGGUCCCGGCAUCACCUACACGGCGUGAGGUUCCUGCUGUGGACCCCCUAUCGCCACGAAGAUACCAGAUGGGCAUUGACAAGGGAUGGAAAGCCAGUGAUGUGUCGUUGAAACGACCUCCAAGCUCAAGGACCGAUCCUCGACCAAGCAGCCAGAUUGGCUUCCGAGAUGGUGGCAUGACGCGCCCCAACGAUGUGUUUUCGUCCAGACCACAGACCUCCCCCGGGUCACGAGGGAUCAGCCGAAUCAAAAGUUUCAGUGAGAGGAUGGCCGAGGGCAGAGCAGCAGAGAAAUCUCGAAUGGAGAGAGCAGAGCGGAUCCAGGCAAACCGUAGCUCGGCUUUCCAAAUUGAUAAAACAGAAAUCGAGGCCUUUAAGGCUGCCGCGGCUGAUGCGAAGCCAUCUUCCCCGGUGCGUGAGCGGCCCGCUGAGUCCUUUAGUCGCGAGGAUAUCCUUCGAGCUAUGGGUCAAGCUCGCCCUUCUGGACUUCAGCGCAGCCAGACAACUCCGAGUAUCCGCCGCAUUGACGCAAAUGGUGGUGCCAACGAUCGACAAUCUCAUCUCCACAGAAGGAAUAACACAAUGGAAGAAGCAACAGGGCCGUCUCAAGAUGGCGACCCGAUGAAGCCCCCUGACUCGUCAAAAUUCGAGUCCUACUCAUCAUUACACUUAUCAAAUCGGGUUCUCCCCCAUUCAUUCUUGAGCCGCACACUCGCAGACAAAAAAGUUCUCCGCAUCCCCGACUUACUGAAAUCAGUGAAGGCGCCUGCAUUCGAACUGCCCGAAGACAUUGAAGGAGACUUUGUGGUGUUUGGAAUUGUUGCGUCCAAGUCUGAUCCCAGAGAUGUGAAACCAUCUGGAAACUCAACUGCAAAAACAGACGACCCCUAUGACGAUGGUCUGAACAACACAAACAAGUACAUUGUUAUUACCUUGACGGACCUCAAAUGGACCGUCGAUCUCUUCCUUUUCGGCACUGCCUUCCCCCGUUACUACAAAAUUUCCGAAGGCACGCUGAUUGCAAUCUUGAACCCUACAAUCAUGCCCCCUCCCAAGCACAAACUAGACACAAACCGGUUCAGCUUGUCUUUGUCGUCAUCUGAUGACACAGUUCUCGAAAUUGGCUAUGCCCGGGAUAUCGGAUUCUGCAAGACCGUGAGAAAAGAUGGAAAGACAUGUCAAUCCUGGGUAGAUGGCCGAAAGACAGAGUUCUGCGAUUUCCACGUUGACAUCCAACUCCGAAGGACCCAGGGUCAACGCUCAGGAGUCAAUGCCGACACGGGCAUGUUCGGGCCAGGUGGUAAAUCCGGGGCCCGCACCGGCUUCUUCAACGAAGGAGCCAAGCGAGGAGGCGGUCGAGGUCAGGGUCUGAAACGCGAUGGCCCAUCAUAUGACAUGGGAUCCCAAUCUUUGUACUAUGUGGCCCCAGCCCCAAAGAACCGCGGCGCCGGUCGAGCCUCAUACAACCCCGUCGCAGGUUCAGCCGCGCACCUCGACGAUGAUCCCUUCCUAGCCUCCGGCAUGAUGGGCCCCCGCUCGGAAAACAAAGAAGAGAAAAUGCGCCGCCGUCUCGCAGCUCAACAACGCGAAAGAGACAUAACUCAAAAACUCGUCUCAGGCCGAGUUGGAGGCGUAGGUGCCGAGUAUCUGCGCACAAGAGCCGGCAACGAAACCCCAAACAAGGAUAAGACCCCAGGAACACCUACCAUGCCCAAGAGUCCUUCAGCCACGAACAGUAUGGAUCUGACCACAUUCGGCAAAGCAAGAAAUGUCCGCUUGAGUCCUAUGAAGCGUGCUCAUGGCACACCGCACGGCAGUGGUGUGAAGAAAACACGGUUUAUUACUUCGAAGGGGAUUAGAGAAGCUGGUCGUGAGAGUCUUGGUGCGCCGGCUGAAGUUACGGCUGGUGGAAGGCAGGCGAUCUUGGACGAUGACGACGACGAUGAUUUGGAGUUUGUUUGA